UUUGUCAUCCUCAGGCUCAAAGUGUAUAGAACAUUCUCUGCAUAUAUGUGUGUGUGUGUGUGUGUAUAGUUGACUUGACGUGCCGAAUCUGGUCCUGAUAAUAGUAAAAUGCAAUACAGCUAGACUUGAUCAUUCCUAUAAAUAACACAUGAAACCUAAUAGAACCUCAACCAAUUGGCACUCAUAAGGCAUAACCUUAGCUCAAACCUGCUUCUCCGUAUCUUUCUUCUCUAUUAUACGCCUUAGAGAUGGCUUUCUUCUAUUAUUUCUUGUGGUCAUCUAGCAACUUAAGAACCUUCUUGUUCUUGUUUUCGCUUCUUACCGCAGUCGCCUCCGCCCAACUAUCCUCAAAUUUCUAUAGUUCUUCAUGUCCUAAUGCCCUUUCCAUCGUCAAGUCGGCAGUAAAGACUGCCGUUUCUAACGAGGCUCGUAUGGGAGCGUCCUUGCUUCGUCUUCAUUUUCAUGACUGCUUUGUUAAUGGAUGUGAUGCUUCGAUACUGUUGGACGACACAUCAACUUUCACAGGAGAGAAAAACGCAGGACCUAAUGCAAAUUCAGUGAGGGGAUUUGAUGUUGUCGACACCAUCAAGACGCAGUUAGAGAGCGCCUGCGCCGGUGUUGUGUCUUGUGCUGACAUCUUGGCCGUUGCUGCUAGGGACUCUGUUGUUCUGUUGGGUGGACCCAGCUGGACUGUGCAAUUGGGCAGAAGAGACGCAACCACUGCAAGUCAAAGUGCUGCCGGUUCCAACAUCCCAGCUCCAACGACGAAUCUUAGCGGCCUCAUUACUGCUUUCUCAAACAAAGGUUUCACUACUAAAGAAUUGGUGGCUCUCUCAGGUGGUCACACAAUAGGCCAAGCAAAGUGCUCGAGUUUCCGUGCCCGGCUUUACAAUGAAAACAACAUAGAGGCCUCCUUUGCGACAUCAACCAAAUCAAAGUGCCCGAACUCUGGCAGCGACAACAACCUCUCACCGCUCGACGUGACAAGCCCAACGACUUUCGACAACGCAUACUUCAAGAACGUAGUGAGCCUAAAGGGGCUGCUUCACUCCGACCAACAGCUCUUCAACAACGGCUCCACGGACUCUCAGGUCAGAGCUUACAGCACCAAUCCAACAAGCUUCAGAACCGAUUUUGCCAACGCAAUGAUCAAGAUGGGAAAUCUCAGUCCUCUCACUGGGACAAGUGGUCAGAUUAGGACCAAUUGUAGGAAGGUCAAUUGAUCAUGUAAAAGAACAUCGUUUUGGUGUUUGGAGUGUGUACUACUUUCGAGUUUGGUUUUGGUUACUUUGUGGCAUUGGCAAGUUGUAAGAAUAAGAGUUUUAAGUUUUAGUUUCCUCUUUAAGCUUUUAAUUGGAUAAACAGGCUUUUGUCGUUAAUUAUUCUAGGCUUGAUUUGUGCUUUGUCUUGCAAUGAUAUGUAAACUGUCGCGUUGUUUCCCAUAAUUAGCAAUUCGAUAGUUGAACA